AUUCUUGCAGUUUUGCUCAAGACUCUCUUUCAGCGACGGCGAGCCAUGCGACGAAGACUGAAUGGGCGAGAUGUCGAGCAGGAAGGUUUGCUGUCCAAACAUAUCGAGUAGAUGCUUCGAUGAAGGUAAUCACGUACAGCUCUUCUUUAGGUCCUGCUUCAGGUAAGUUAAGAAUAUCGCUGUAGACCUUCUGCAUCAGUUUGUAACGAGUGGAGCCAGGAAAAUGACUCGAAAACGGGUCGUGGGUAAGAUUGGUGACCGGACACGUGGUGCAGACCGUUGGGCGAGACUGCGGUUUCAUCUCCGUGCCGUCAGAUAAAAGUCGGCGUUAGUAUAAAAUGAAGAAAUGAUGAAAGGAGAAAGAGCUGGAGACAUGUCAAUCUCCCCUUCGACGAAACGGUUUGAUGGCAGAUGGUCCUGCGACAGCUACUGGAAGACUCGGCUGCUCGGCGACUUCUUCUUUCACGGCUUCCUCGACGACUUCGGGUUCAUCAGCUGCAAGUCCACUGAUUUCUCCCCAAAGUGGAGCUGGAGUUCCUUGGAAGGCUGCACGGGUGUUAUAGAAGGUUCGCCAAGCAUUGGCGCCUUCAUCGGCGGUAUUAAACUCCCAAGUAUCCAGUGCGGGACCGAGACCAAGGACGCGUUCAGAAUCACCAGAGGUGCCCUGUGCUGUGAACUGAAGAACUGAUACUCCAUGUUGAGUAGCAGCGCGACCGAGGAGUUGAGCUGUGGAGAGAAGAUUGAAACCAAGGCUGGCGACGAUAGGAACAUUGGUAACGUAUGCAAAGACCGGAGGACGAUGCUGUGAUGGCGGUGUACUCUGCGGCAUCUGCUGCGUCUGGGACGUCGACUGCUGCAUUUGCUGAUGUGGCUUCGGUAACUGCUGCGAACGAUGAUAUGGUUGCGAAGUGCUGCGACGGUUUUGACAACGACUGCGACAAGUUUGGUCAAGAUCUUGCUGUUCCGCUUGAAGAUACGACGAAAUUUCGGUUUCUGAGAGGUUCGGAUUCAUGCGCAAGAAGGCGCGCGUCUGUCGCCACUCGGGACCAAGUCCAGCAAGAAGGACCAUGAGAUACAUCUCACGAGGGAAGUAUCCUCCACUCUUCUCCAGUUGAUCUUGUAGUGUGCGAACACGAUUGACGUAAUCCAUGACAUUCUCGUUUGUCAUCAUCUGCACACUUGUCAGCUGCGAAAGAAUCUUACUUGCUGUUAUUGUGUCUUUUGCCAUGUACACCCCCUUUAAGUGGUUCCAUGCAGUUUCAGCUGGCGUGAAGCUUGAAUGAAAAGAUCGAACGCCAAGCUGCUCCUUUGGCGACAGGUUCCGAACUAGAACCGUAUACGCCCCGAGAGAGGCGUGCAGGAAACUCUGUUGCUCCAGUUGUGUUCCCAUGACAGGAUACGUAAACUCGCCGGUGAAGAACGGCCAUAGCCCAGCGAACUGCGCCAGAAGCUCAAACUCGAAGCUCCAGGAGUAAAAUUCAACUCCGUUAAAAGGUGAUCGCCCGAAGAUGUAAAAGGGCUGCUGCUGCUGCGACUGCGGCUGCUGCGUAAACGGCGAGAAGGCAAAUGAGCCAGUACUUGGAGCUGAAGCUCCACGCAUUCGAUGAAACACCUGGAGUACUGACAGAAGGCGGAUUCUGCUGCUGCAUACUGAUGUGCGCAUAAGCCAGUGGAAACGGUCCAGAGGCUGAGAGACCAGUGGCGGUCGUGGAGACAGGUACUCCAGUAGUUCCAGAACUGGAUCCGGUAGAUGGUGCUGGUGAUGUCCCAGUCAUUGUUGACAGUAGUCUUAAAUCCAGAUAGCUCUCAUACCAUGUAAUAAUUUGACAGGUGUUGC